CAUGGCAACAAUGUCAAACAUAAACUUUUAGGUUAUUGUUGUGUAACCUACAAAAAUUUUCAACAAAUAAACAUUGUUUCACGUUAACAACUCGUAAAAACCGGCUAUAACAUGUCGAAUUUGUUCAGAUACGUUCCAAAUAUUCUUCCAACAGUUCAAAAACUGUCGAGCAGAUUCGCCCCCACAGCCAACAAUUUCCACUCCUUAACCCAAGACAGCAACGCAGUAACAAAACCGGGCGGCCUGUUUAGCGUCUUCACCAGAAACAUAAUCCGUGUGCACUUCCCCAGACCCUCCGAGAACAAGAGAGUGAAACGCCACGGCUACAAGAAACGCAUGUCCACGAAGGAGGGCCGCCGAGUCCUAAUGAACAGGAUACUGAAGGGACGCUUCGUUUAUUCACACUAGUCCAUAAUUUUAAUAUAAUACUUGAGUAGGAUAAUAAAUAUGUAAAAAGAAACAA